UCUGGCUGGGCCGCGCUAGUCGCUCCAUCUUGAGUAGAUUAUAGCUUGUGAACGGUGAGUGCGUCAAAAAUCCGAUGUUUAUAGUUUAAAGUGUACAAAAUUAUUACAAGAAAUGUCUUCGAAUAAUCAGAAGCUAUCGACCACGCAACGUAUGAUACAAGCUGUGCCGUUCCCACCGAGUCAUAAGUUGACAGUGGCCGAAGUGUUCGAUCCUCGGACGGCGAAACCGCGACCGGACGUCCUGAAGCAGCACUUCAUAUUGGAAGGUCGCAUCGAUGAAGCGGCUGCACUCAAGAUCAUCAAUGAGGGCGCGCAUCUGCUGCGCGCCGAGAAAACGAUGAUCGACAUUGAAGCACCCGUCACAGUGUGCGGAGACAUACACGGCCAAUUUUAUGACCUUAUGAAAUUAUUCGAAGUAGGAGGACCACCCGCCAGUACAAAAUACCUUUUUCUCGGUGAUUAUGUUGAUAGAGGAUAUUUUAGUAUAGAGUGCGUGUUGUACCUGUGGGCGCUGAAGCUGUGUUAUCCUACAACCCUUUUUCUCCUUCGCGGCAACCACGAGUGUCGCCAUUUAACAGAAUAUUUCACCUUUAAGCAAGAAUGUAAAAUAAAAUAUUCGGAACGUGUAUAUGAUGCGUGUAUGGAGGCUUUCGACUGCCUGCCGCUCGCGGCGCUCAUGAACCAACAGUUCCUUUGCGUUCACGGCGGUUUAUCUCCAGAAAUACACAAUUUAGACGACAUACGAAAGUUAGACAGAUUUAAAGAGCCGCCCGCUUUCGGUCCGAUGUGCGACCUGCUGUGGUCGGAUCCGUUAGAAGAUUUCGGCAAUGAGAACAACGCAGAACACUUUUCACACAAUUCCGUUAGGGGGUGCUCAUAUUUUUACAGCUACGCAGCCUGUUGCGACUUCCUACAAAAUAAUAACCUUUUAUCAAUAAUUAGGGCGCACGAAGCACAAGAUGCGGGUUAUAGGAUGUACAGGAAAAGUCAAACGACCGGCUUCCCAUCGUUAAUCACAAUAUUCUCAGCACCGAAUUAUCUGGACGUGUAUAACAAUAAGGCGGCCGUUUUGAAAUACGAGAACAACGUGAUGAACAUACGCCAAUUCAACUGUUCGCCGCAUCCGUAUUGGCUGCCGAACUUCAUGGACGUGUUCACGUGGUCGCUGCCCUUCGUCGGCGAAAAGGUCACCGAGAUGCUGGUGAACGUGCUCAACAUCUGUUCCGACGACGAGCUCGUGUCGGACGGCGACGACGCCCUCGAAGAAGCGAAACAGGCAAAAAUAGUUAUAAAAAAACCUGCAGCAAACUUAAGGAAGGAGGUUAUCCGUAACAAGAUCAGGGCGAUCGGAAAGAUGGCAAGAGUGUUCUCGGUCCUAAGGGAGGAGAGUGAAUCGGUCCUGCAACUCAAGGGACUCACACCGACGGGGGCGCUGCCACUCGGAGCACUAUCCGGAGGAAAAACCAGCCUCAAGAACGCGUUGCAGGGUUUCUCACCGAACCACAAGAUCACGACAUUCGCCGAGGCGAAGGGCCUGGACGCGAUCAACGAGCGCAUGCCGCCCAGGAAGGACGCGCUGCCCUCGCCCGCCGAGGAAACGCCACAGGACCACAAUCACACCCAAUCCAAUGCACACUCGUGAGCUACACUUAACUAGGACAUCACACAUGCCAUCUGCAAGGUGUUACGUAAUGGUUCAGUGUUUCCUGUGCAGUGGCGCUCACACCUCUUACAUAUUACAUCUUUACUAGUUUCUAGGAACAUUAUUAUCAUUGGGACGACAGGUUCGUCUAAUAAUACGUCUGGAACAAGUAGCUGGUCUGCUUCCUCUCUCUGUACUCGUACUCGUACUCGUACUCGUACUACCUACGCUGAUCGUGCCUCGCUUUUGCACACUGCUCUACUGCUAACUUAAAAGGAAAAAAACUUCGUGCUUUUUUCGGACCCACUCUCGUCCGACUACAUUCCAUAUAUUUACUCGGUUUUUAACUGUAGCACCUACGGGUUUAGGCGCCCCGAUCCUUUUUUCAUUUACACCAAAAAAAUAAAAAAAAUAAUGAUAAUAUUAUUAUCUAUUAAGUAUCAGUGUUAAUGUAUUUGUCUCAUAUUGAAAAUUUGUUGUAACCAGUAGAGUCAGUAGUGUAAAUUUAAUAUAUUAUAGAUAUAUUAAAUUAAUAAAAAUAUUCAACCACGCGGGGAAAUUAAAAAUAAGCAAAUUCACAAAAAGCAUCACCAAUCACCAGUAUUCUGUCUUUCAAAACAAACAAAUCAACUGUCUGCAACAACCACAAUAUUUUUAAUUUCCCUGAACUGUACAGGCGUAACCACUUUGAAAAUUUGUUUAUUUACACCUUAAAUCACACACGAUCCGAUUAAAGAAAGGUGUUUAGACCUGUACACUGAGUAAAAAAAAUUGUAUGUCGGUCAGCGGUGUGAAACAGCGAGCUGGAACUGGCUGGUCGCACGUGUUGAGUGAUAUAAAGCGUGCCAUACCUUCUACCACCUGUUGUCGCCCAUCAUCUUCUCCCCCCUGUUACUUCCCCCUUAUAAAAAAAACAUAAUUUUCAUCCAAUCACUAUGUGUGUUAAUUUAAAGAUAUUGCUAUAAAUAUUUAAUUCAUAUGCCGAGUUAAAAAUAAAUGAAAAAUGUCAUUGUGCGAUAUAAGUACAUUUAUCUCUCUAUUAAUAUUAAAUUUUUGAUUUAAUAUUGACGUAAGAAUUACACUAAGAAUUACACAUCUUUGCUACGAGUUGUACUUAUUUUAAUUUUGAUUGUACAAAUUGUGUUAUACUAUUAAAUGGUUAAUAUUAACUGUGCUCUUUGUCUGAGUGAGACAUUCGAAAUCAAGUUGAAAAACUAAUGUAUAUAAGUGUACAAAUAUGUGUUAUACGAGUCAUGUUUUCCCACCCUUUUGCAGAAUAUAAAUUUGAAUCUCCAGCACCAUAUAUAAAUAUAAAUAUACAUAAUAUAUAAAAUAAAAAUGUAAUGUACAAGAGGAGAGGAACCAUUUCGCUCAGACACAGAGUUGGUAUGAAUGUUUGAACUUCUGUUGUAUGCCAGUGUGUUAAAUUAUAUAUCUAUUAAUCUUAUUGAAUUCUGUAAAUUUACUCUAUAAUAUAUUAUUAUAUACAUAUAAUAUUAUGGUAUAGUUAAUUACUAGGUAAUAUCUCAACCAACUAUCGGAUAACUUUAGAAAAAUAUCAAAAAUUUCAUAUGGCGUCCCUUAACUUUUAUACAAAAUCAAUUAUAAAAUUGCUUGUACUUCUUGAAGGCUUUUUACUGACAACUGUUAACGAUUUACGUGUGCAAUUUAGUUUUGUAACUUUUUUUAUGUGACUGAUAUUUAAACUUGUACAUUACGUACCAUUUAUUUAGUCUUAAAAAUCCACAUUAAUACAAACAAAAAUAUGUAUCAAAGUUUGGGGCAUAUUUUUAAUCGUUUGACCAAUUUUAGAUCUUCACAAUUUACCGUCUCACACAAAACACUUUCGUAACAAUUAUGGAACAAAAAUAUGAGAAAAGUAGCACCAAAAUUCUACAUUCCCAAUGUCGAUUAUCGUGAACUUUUCGCUCGAGUCUUCCAUAAUUUACUUUUAAUUUGAAACCUUGUCCAAUAUACGAACCUGUUUAUUAUGUCAUCGAGGAUUGAUUUGUUUUGGAGCAGUUUGUUGUGCAGACACGGAACUGGUCAAUUUUUAAAAUUAUAUUUAGAUGUGUUGACCUAAUCACUCUGUUUAUUACCAUCUUGUAAAUUUGUUAACUAGUCAUUUAAUUCACUACCUCUCAUUUGUACAUAACAGAAUUAGCUAGUGUUUUUUCUAAAUAAAUGCAUAAUUUAUUAAUGUGUAAUAUAAAUGUAGCUGUUCUAAAAAAAUUAAUGAAAAAUGUACUGUGGUAUGAAUAAGCAAUAAAAUGACAUAUUAGAAUAACUAAUCCGAAAUUUUCGUCAACUGUUGGUGAUUAGCUCGCAUCUUCUAAAUAUAUUUUUAAUUUAUAUGUUUAGAUCAUGACCUUUAGUUGUGUUCUGACUGAAUACAUUGAUUACCGAUAUUUUGGUGUUUUCCGUUCAGAUUUCGAUAUAUCUCGUUUGCCGCCAACAACCGGAGAGGUAAAAAAGAAAUAGAAAAAAAAAGGCGAAGGCAUAUAUCAAUAUCUGAAUGAUCUAUUUGUUGCUACAUACCAUUGUAAAUGUUGAACAUCUCCAAUAGCUUGGACUGUCCAAGCAAUAAGUAAGCGAUUAUUUGUGAUAGCUAUCCUUAAUUUUGAAUAGCUUUGUGUAUUUUCUCUUGGUAUUAUAACGCAAUUGCCGCCAAAAUGUUCGACACGUGCAAUUCCAAUAUAACAUCAAGAUUUGAUGCAUUUUUGAAAAUAAAACUUUAAAAAUUGUAUAAAUAUAAACUAUCUAUAUGCCUUCAUACUUCCUAACUUAUUAUUAUUAUUAUAAUUAUAUAUAAUAAUGCACUGAAGUAUUUGGGAUGUUAGACUUUUAAUACUUUAGUACUAUCACUGUGCCACUUUUAGUGGACGUUUUAAUAUUAAUCUCGGUACUGGAAUUCUGCACCCGAUGCAAACGCCACUUUUACUAUCUACUACCCUACAUACAUAUUUAACGAGCUACUAUUAAUUACACUUAAAAACGGUUUCAAAACACCCAACAUAUUCUACCACAUCACUUUUCUAUUUUUUGUAAAACGUAAAGUAAAUAAUGGUAGCUUAAACUCGUUCGUUCGUUUAUUCGUUCAUCCAACUAAAUGUGUCGAUAUAAUUCAAACGCAAAAAGGUACUUUUUAAGACAUGCUUUUGUGUGCUUUUAAAUAUUGAAUUUCAGUUAUCAAAGAAUAUUUUGUCUAAAUUCUCGUGUAUUAAAAAGUAUUCCACUCAUAUUUCUUAUAUUUUCAGCAUAAAAUGGAUCAAGGAAAAUUACAUUAAUUUCGAGCAGAGAAAGUGGUUGUUUGUUUUCAUGUGCUUUUCCAAUACAUAUAGAAUUAGCUGAAUGUUUUUAAAUAAUUGAAUAUACAUUAUAUACAUAUUAAAAAUGCGUUGAUAUAAUUCAUAUCAAACGAAAUGUGCAAUUUAAGAUGGAAACUUCUAAAAAAAGUUAUGCAUGUUACAUUUGACAGUUGUUUAUCUGUGAUCGCCUUGCGUUUCUGAAUUUUGUGUUUUUAAUUCUUCUGUCGAGCAUAUGGGUUUAUUAUGACGUAAUCAUUCUACGUUUCAAUUGUACUGGAUAUUUUGAUUUGUGUUCUUAUUAAAUAUACAUGAUUGAAAAUAUCUUUCUCUUCAA